GAAGUCAUAUUGGCCGAGGAUACAACAACUGCGGAAGAACGACUGCGCAUUAUCGCAGCUCGUCGAAGAGCAGAAAAACAACGCAUCAAACUACACGGUAAAGAAUCCGGCCAGAUGGAUGUGGCACCCGAGGAAAUGGAAUAUUUCGAAGAGUCAAAAGACUAUGCGGAAUUCGUAUUUCUUGGUUUAUUCAUUAUUGAAAUGUUACUCAAAAUGUACGGCUUGAAGAUACGUAUCUACUUUGAAUCUUCAUUCAACAUUUUUGAUUGUGCGGUCAUUGUCGUAGGUAUUUUCGAAGUUGUUUGGGGAUUCUUUCAUCCGGACGCCUCAUUUGGUAUAUCGGUCCUUCGUGCUGUGCGGCUGUUACGUAUCUUCAAAAUUACACGCUUCAAUUUUGACGAGGGGCGCCCAACACAGAAUUUCGACACUUUUGUCAAAGCCUUACUCACGGUAUUUCAAAUUCUUACUGGUGAAGAUUGGAACACAGUUAUGUACAACGGAAUCCGAGCCCAGGGUGGAGUUGCCAGUGGCGGAGCAAUUUACAGUGUUUAUUUUGUUUUGGUAAUGCUUUUUGAUACUUUACUAAACGUUUUCUUGGCUAUCGCCGUGGACAAUUUGGCUAACGCUCAAGAACUGACCGAAGCAGAAGAAGCACAAGCGAAGCGUCAAGAAGAGGCUACUGAAGAAGCAAUGGCUGCUGAAUCCAAUCUGCCCGAGACUGUUGAUGUGGACGAAAUUGGCCAAACGCGGUGCAUUCUCACACCUGGUUCUGACUUGCAGAGUUAUCCAAAUUCACUACGGAACCGAUUGGGAGGCAAUUUACUCGCGGAUGAUGAGAAAGCACCCGGCACUCAAAUGCAAAUGUCGCUUUUGCACCAAAAUGGACUACCAAUGGUCAAAAUGCCUUUGAAUCACGUCGGGAUGAUCAAUUUCACAUCAACAGAAAGUGACGACACUGCUCGCUUACAAGGCUCUGGCGAGCAAGUUCAAGGAAAACCUGUGCUACCGUACAGUUCAAUGUUUAUUUUCGCUCCGACUAAUGCACUUAGUCAGCUCUAUGCCGACACAAACUAUCGAACCGAUCGCGGUCCUUCAAUAACUACUGAAAAAAAGAUGAAUAAAGCAACUAGUCCGGGUGAACUAUCACUCGUGGUACUUAAGGUGAUUGACUUGGGUGUGGUACUUCACCCGGGCUCGUAUUUUCGUGAUGCAUGGAACAUUUUGGACGCGAUUGUUGUGUUUUUCGCCCUGGUCGCAUUUGUGGUCAGUCGUAUCGGAAGUAACACGUCCGCAAAAAAUCUGAAUACCAUCAAAUCGUUACGCGUGCUCCGAGUUCUUCGACCAUUAAAAACCAUUAACCGGGUGCCUAAAUUGAAGGCGGUCUUUGAUUGUGUGGUUAGCUCGCUGAAGAACGUAUCAUCCAUCUUCAUUGUAUACUGGCUGUUCCAGUUCAUCUUUGCCGUGAUUGCUGUACAAUUAUUUCAGGGAAAGUUUUUCUAUUGUAACGAUGCCUCCAAAAUGACACGUGAGGAAUGCCAGGGCUACUUUUUUGAGUACAACGAACGCGGAGAACCAUACGUGCAGAAUCGAACAUGGAAUGUGCACGAAUUCAACUAUGACAAUGUGUUGAAUGCAAUGCUCACAUUGUUUACGGUGACUACCGGCGAGGGAUGGCCAGCGUAA